UACCAUGACUUGAUAUUGCAAUCCAUUUCCAGUCAAUAUGGCAACGGCACGAGUCCUUCGCAUGAACGAAGGCACAGGAGAAACAAGCUAUGCAAACAACUCCUUCCUUCAGAGAAAACUGAUAAUUAAAGCGAUGCCCAUACUUGAAGAGAGUGUGAAAAGCAUGAUGUCAAAUACAGGCUUUAAAAGCUGUUGGAAAGUAGCAGAUUUAGGUUGCUCUUCAGGUCCAAAUUCACUAAUGGUUGUGUCUAAUAUCCUGAACAUCAUCGAUAAAACUAACUUGAGCUUAAACCAUGAGCCAUCAGUAUUACAAAUUUACCUCAAUGAUCUAUUUGGGAACGAUUUCAAUAACAUCAUCAAGUUACUCCCUGAUUUCUAUCAAAGUAUACACCAAGAAUUAAGAGGAGACAAUGUUGGAUGCUUUGUCAAUGCAACACCGGGAAGCUUUUAUGGAAGGCUCUUCCCGAAUGAUUACAUUCACUUCUUUCAUUCCUCCUGCAGUAUCCAAUGGCUAUCUCAGGCACCGAAAGAUUCAACUAAGAUAGCAGAGCCACUCAACAAGGGAAAUAUUUACGUAACAAAUAAAAGCCCGCAAUCAGCACACGAAGCGUACUUAAAGCAAUUUGAAAAAGAUUUCACAGUCUUUCUAGAAUCACGCUCGAAGGAACUAAAACGGGGUGGUAAUAUGGUUCUAACGUUCAUGGGCAGAGAAAAAGCAUGUGAAAUUUAUAAUCCUUGUGUGGUAAUUGGCACGUUACUGAAUGACAUGGUCCAAGAGGGUUUGGUUGAAGAGGAAAAGUUGGACUUCUUUGAUAUGCCUCUUUAUGGUCCAACUGCUGAGGAAGUAAAACAAGUGAUUGAGGCAGAAGGAUCUUUUACGCUUGAAAAAUUGAAGACUAUCAAAAUGGAUUGGGACGCAAACAUUCAAGAAGAUGUUGAUGACUUUGUUCUUGGUAGCAAAAUGAGAGGAGAGUUCAUAUCUAAGUACGUGAGAGCUGGUUUAGAACCUCUUUUAUCAGCUGAGUUUGGCGAAGAUAUCAUGGAUGAGUUGUUCUCACGGUUCAGAAACCUGCUUGCACAACUCAUUGAGUCCGAGACAUUGCAACAUACAAUGUUGGUAGUGUCAAUGACAAAAGACACAUGAAGAUGUCAUUGUAUUUCAGUCAAGAUAGUCUUUAAUGUGAAUCAGAAUAAUGAUAAUAGAUACUUGGUCUACUAAUAAAAUACCAUAAACUU